AUGUGGUGGAGGCUUUGCAGCUUGCUGGCUUGGUUCCCCUUACAAGAGGCCUUUCGGACCAGCCACACGGAAACCGUCACCGUGGAGGAAGGGCAGACACUCACUCUAAAGUGUGUCAUUUCUCAGGCGGAGACCACCUCCCUGCAGUGGCUGGCCCCAUCGGGCUUCACCAUUUUCUUCGGUGAGCAUCCCGCUUUAAAAAAUUCCAAAUACCAGCUUCUUCAUUACUCCUCCAAUCAGCUCGCCAUCAGGGUGCUGAAUGUAACACAGCAAGAUGAAGGCGUGUACAAGUGUCUGCAUUACGGCACCUCCGUGAGAACAAAGGAAGUGAAAGUGAUCGUGUUAGCAACUCCUGUCACGCCAACCUUGGAAGUUUCUGUUAGAAUGCAAAAUGGCGAAGAACAUGUCAUACUGCAAUGCUCCACCGUGAGAAGUAAGCCCCCUCCACGGAUAACCUGGCUCUUAGGGGAUGACAUGGAGCUCCAAGGUGAAACCCACCAUGAAUAUGAAACUGAUGGGAAGAAGUGUAAUAGCACCAGCACACUCAGAGUUCACACAUAUGGCCAAAACUCAACAGCGAGCUGCAUUAUCCGACACAAAGGCCUGCAAGGAAGAAAACUGGUAGCACCUUUCCGGUUUGAAGAUUUGGUUACUGAUCAAGAGACAGCUUCAGCUGCCCUGGAGACAAGCUCUCCAUCCUCUCAAGACCCUCAGCAGUCCACUAGUACCGUUGCAGUGAUGGAAGAUUCUAGUACAUCAGAGAUUGACAAGGAAGAGGAAGAACAAACCACUCAAGUCUCUCACUUGGCCACUGAAGCGAAUCGUCAGUUUGCAGGACUGACGAGGAAGAAGAGCGGCAUCCUGUUGCUGACCCUCGUGUCCUUCCUCAUUUUCAUUCUCUUCAUCAUCGUCCAGCUUUUCAUCAUGAAGCUUCGGAAAGCACACGUCAUAUGGAAAAAAGAAAGUGAAAUUUCAGAGCACACUCUAGAAAGUUACAGAUCGAGGUCAAAUAAUGAAGAAACAUCAUCCCAAGAGAAAAACAGCCAAACUUCCCGCUCUAAGAGCUGCAUGAACUACAUCACACAGUUGUACUCAGAGGCAAAGACAAAGACGAAGGAAAAGGCACAACCUUCAAAAUUAAAAGGAGCGCUCACACAUAUACCAGAGAGCAUCGUGUAGCGCUCCUUGCAACAGAAAACAGGAUUUCAGGGCAGCCUCAUGAUCACCUCAGUGGAGCAGCCUGUGGGAAGGAGCCAUCAUGUAAUUACCAUCACAUGAAAAAAAAAAAAAAGUACUUUGCGUGCAAUGCAAGAUGGUGUCCUCCAAGUGUAAUCUGCCCCGGACUCAGAGCAACAAAUGAGGACUAACCCAUGGACAUAAAGCUUUGUAGUUAAAAAAAAAAAAGAAAAAGAAGAGAAAGAACCUGUGAUGCCUGACACUACUUCAGAGCAGGAGGAUUCUGCUGAACUUUGGGAUCAGGGUCAAUGUGACCAGCUAACAUCUUACCGUAAAGGGAACAGGAGGUAUUAGAUGCUGGGCUCUAGUGGAACUACUUUAAACAAAAUUUUUCUUUGUCUUUCUUUCUGGUUUCCAAAUAAAGAACUUCGGGAUGAAAAGGACCCAAAGAAGGUCUCUCUAAUCCUAGGAGCUUACUUUCAAGAUGCACCUUAAGAAGCUGUAACCAGCCCAUUCCCUGUCUGGGAGGAGUCAUGCAAAACAAUGAGUGAGUCAGAUAAGCAUGAAGGUCCCAAGAUUGAUGCCCCAAGACACAAGUGCUAGUUCAAGGCAGACCCAAAGUUUCCAUUUUCUUCUAAUUGUCUUGCUAAAUCACAAGAGUUGACCUGGUAGACGAUGUUUUUACCAGGACACUUCAUUACAAAAACACGUACAAAAGAAAAUAAUGAGUUGAAUUUCCCAAUUACUGAC